AUGAAUGAGACAGGCUUUGUUCUUUCCCCAAAACUUAAGAAAGUUAUUGCAGAAAAAAGUACCCAUCAAGUCCAUAAAAUAUCUCAUAGAAAUGAAACAGACCAUAUAUCUGUUGCUCCAAUAAUCUUUGCUGCUAAAGAAGAACUUGUAUCCUUUAAAAAAGAAAUAAAAUUGCUCAAAGAAGAAAAUGUAUUAUUUAAAAAAAAUAAUUUAUUAAUGCAAGAAGAACUAGAAACUUUUAAAAAACCUGGUACUUGCCCUCUAAAACUUGUAUUAAAAUAUCCUGUUCGUCUUGUUCAUCCUUCUCAAGUCUCUAAUGAAUUAAAUACUGCUAAUUUAUCAACUCAACCACUAAAAAAAAAGAAAACUUUAUCGUUUGACCAACUUCUUACUAAUGAGGAAUCAUUGCAAGAAUUAAAAAAGACAGAUGAAUUAGUCAAGAAGAAAGCUAAAACUGCAAAACAUAAAAAAGAAGAGGUUUUUCAUAAAAAAAAAGAAGCUCUUCAUAAAAAGAAGGAGACUCUUUGA